AGGUUAACUGAACCCAUGCCUUAAACUACUGUCUGAAAAGAGGAAGACUACAAGUAGCUAGGGUUUUACAUUCAACAUUUCGACUUGGUUUCGAAUUUGGCAACGAGCAUUAUCAAACUUUCCCCAUUUUCCUGCUCCGAAAUGGCCACUGCCAAGGCAAGGCAACAUGCACAGAAAUCAUCCGCUGCAGAAGAUGAAGGCAUGGACCCAACGCAAUAUUAUGAAAAUAGGUUGAGAGCGCUUGCAGCUCAGAAGGUAGCUGGGAACAAUCCAUAUCCUCACAAAUUUGCAACUUCAUCAACCAUUCCUGACUAUGUGAAGAAAUAUGAAAGUUUAAAUAGUGGGGAUCAUCUUGAAGAUGCUGAAGAAAGACUAGCUGGGCGGCUUAUGAACAAGCGGUCAUCAUCUGCAAAGCUAUUCUUCUAUGAUCUACAUGGUGGUGGUGCAAAAGUUCAAGUUAUGACUGAUGCAAGGUGAUACAUGCAUCUAUUCUGUUC